UUGCCACUUCCAUCAUCAAACAAACUAAAACAGAAAGUAAAAUAUGAUUUUAAAAUCAAAUAUCUUUUCAUUGGCCAUAUAAGUUGCAAAACCCGCGGCUAUUUAACACUCUUCAGACUUUCAUUCUCGCAUUACCACCAAAAAAGAAAAAAGGAAAAAAGGAAAAAAUGAAAGUGAAUUUGUUUGCUUGGCUCACGGUCCUUUUGUGUCUCCUCAAUUUCCUUUCAACUAGUUUCGGACACGAAAAUUCCGACAUAAACAGGGAAAAACAACUCUCCACUACCCAGAACGAGCUCCCAAUUCACCCCGGAACCCUAACCGGAGAAAAUUUGAAUUUGCCCACGGAUUCUUAUGGCCGGAGAAAGCUGACGGAGUCGGAGAUUAUUACACCGACAAAAAACGCACAGGGCGGAAAAGGAUCCUACGGCGGCGCAAACGUCGGUCAUCGUACGUCGUCACAUAAAAACGCGUCAUUUUCGAUUAAGCACGAUUUCUUCAGCUUGUUCGUGAUUCGAAGUUUCUGCUUUUUUCUGCUCCUAGCUUGCCGACUUUAGUUAUGUGUCUGUCUGUUUUGUUUUGUUUUGAUUUCUAUUUUAUUUUAUUUUUAUUUGUGUGUGUGAGUGCGUGUGGUUGAUUGAAAAAUUUCACCAUUUUUAUCGUUUUCGUGGUUAAUUACAGAGCUGCCUCUGUGCACCAAAUUACUUGUGUGCACGGUUGAUCUUUCAAAAUUAUAAUGCGUCUUGAGGGGCUUAACGGCAAUUUCAAAGGAUUAGUGGAAGUUUUCGGUGAUUAAGGGUGUGAUUGGUUUUGUUGUUAGUGAUAGUUAAUUUUGAAAAGGAGGUAUGAUUUUUUGUUAGUGGGAAUUUAAGUUUUAA